CACUGUCAUCUAUAUAUUUAGCGAAAGAAACUCCUACAUGAACAAAUAUUUACCCAAACAGAGCAAAUCGAAGAGAAGAGGAGAGAGCGGAGCAAGGAUUUCGAAGAUUGAAAGGUUCACUUAGUUUGUUUGUCUAAUCUGAUAAUCUAAUGGCAGAGAUGGCAGAGGUGGUUGAUGAAAUUAGGGAAGGCAAAUGUUUGUUAGCAGCAGACACAGACAAAAAAGAAACAGAUUUAUCAUAUUCAUCAUCAUCUGGUGAAGAAGAAAAAGAAGAUAAUGAUUAUGACUCUCAAGAUGAAGAUGAAGAUGAAAAGAUAACCAAAUCAAGGGAACUUAAAGCUAGCCUACCAGUUUCAGAUUCAUCCGAUGAAGAAGAUGAUGAAUAUGAACAAGACUGGGCCAUUGUGAACAAACAACUUAUUGAAACUGAUGGUUUUCAUGUUGAUUAUCUUCCUAAUCAACACAAAAGGAACUGGUAUCAGAAAAUCUUGGGCAUUUCUUCUUGUAAAUAUGCUAUUGAUGCAGCUAAUUUAGCAAUUGCUGAAUAUAACAAACUCGAGGGUGCUAAUUUGGAGCUUAGGGAGAUUAUAAAUGUGAUGUAUGAGAUGACUGGAGGAUUAUAUUAUGCUCUUACACUCCAAUGUACGGAUGGAAAGUAUUACGAAGUUAAGGUCUUAAAAUUGGGUCCCAAAAUUGAUUUGGAAAUGUUUAGGCCUGCUAAACAUUAUCCAAGGCCAACAACAACCACAACAACUACUUCAUCAGAAGAAGAAGAAGCAGCAGCAGCCUCCAAGUAGAACAAAGGCUUUGUUCAGUGCUAUUUCGAUGUUGUCCUUUGUUUUGGAGUAUACCUUUUUCAUCUUUCCUUAGUUUUUGUCAAAAUGUCUUGUUUGCUAAUAGAGGUUUGGAUAUUGUAUUUCUUGCUAUAUUGCUGGUAGAGUUGGAAAGAAAAGAAAAAAGAUUUAGGAGACAUGAAUUAUCAUUAAAUAAAAUAAAAUUGCAAGAGCAAUUUGUUUUUUA